AGACAAAAACGCCAAUACGCAGAAAGGAAAGAAAAAGCGGAUACUUAUGUGAACCAGACCCCAUUUCGUUAUGUUGAACGCAACUUCAAAUCUCGAGUUCCUCCACCUGAUCUCAGUCAUGUAGUCGACUUUAACAAUCUUGACAACAAUCUUAAAAGAAUCAAUGAUGAGAUUGUUGAAUUACAUAUUACAAAUGACCUUCGAUCACUCUCAUCAUUGUUUGGUGAACAUGAUACAGAAUGGGAGAAUAGAGCACAUAAAGCAUAUGGGCUAAAGAGCUCUCCGGGUUUUAUAUUUAUUCCAAAUCCAUUUACUCCUCGUGCCCAACGCCACCUUGUUAAACAAUGUUUGUCAGAGUACACUCUGUCGCCAAGUACUUCCAAUCUUGAUACACAUUAUGUUACUCCACCCAAUGGAUUCUGGAAUCUCUAUGAGCGAGAACACCUCCAGGAUCUAAAGGAAGGUGAUGCCGAUUAUUUCGUGGCAAAAAAGGCCGGAUUCACCGGAUCAGAACAAAGAUAUGACAGUAUACCGACACCAACUGCAUGUUCGAGGGAAUUUGAGCCAGUUCAAUGGCAACCCAAGCCUGAUCCGCCACCAGCACCUUCAGUUCCUCUUUUGUCUCCACGCGAGCUCUUUAGAAAGAUGCGUUGGACAACUAUUGGAUGUCACUAUCACUGGCCUACAAAGACAUAUCAUCUUGACCGUAGAUUUCCUGUCCCAGAAGAUGUGAGAGACUUGACGCAAGCAGUCGCUCAUGCUGUUGAAAGAGUUGGUUAUGAAGGGGAUAAAUCACGCUCCUGGAAAAAUGAGUAUCUUGGAGCCGAUUUUAAAGCAGAGGCUGGUGUAGUAAACUACUAUCAAUACAAAGAUACUCUUAUGGGACAUGUAGACCGAAGUGAGCUGAAUAUGGAUGCCCCGUUGGUGUCUUUGAGUUUGGGACAUACCUGUAUUUACCUGCUUGGUGGACCUACUCAAGACACUGUUCCAGUUUCUAUCUACUUGCGAAGUGGGGACAUUGUUGUCAUGACUAAACAUUGUAGACAAUACUUUCAUGGUGUCCCAAAGAUUAUAGAAGACACACUGCCUGCUUAUUUAUCGCCUCAAACUGCCUUUACUGAUACUCCGGACUGGGAACCCUUUGGGACUUAUAUGCAAACCUCGCGUAUCAACCUUAAUGUUAGACAAGUAUUUCCCAAG